AUGCGCGAAUGUGAGUGUCUGCAUGAACCGACCGAUGGUGUCGCAGGUGAUGUGAACCUGAUUUUGGUUAUUGGCAUUUUGCCGGUACUGGCAAUACUCGGAAUUGUAUUAAAUUUCAUAAACAUUAUCGUAUUUGCCUCACAACGAAACACAGCUGCAAAAUAUCUCACAGCGCUCAGCUGCAGUGAUGUUGGUGAGUUGUUUAUCUGA